AUGGAGAUUCAGUGCCCUUCCUUCCAAGUCCUGUUAGCCUUCUUGCUCUUUAUGAUCAUGGCACUGAAAAUAUUGAAGAUCAGAGGCAAAACCAAGUACUCAGCCUCAAAUCUACCGCCAGGGCCAUGGAAGUUACCCGUUAUAGGAAACCUGCACCAGCUCGCUGGCUCUCUUCCACAUCAUAGACUAAGAGACUUGGCCAAGAAAUACGGACCGCUUAUGCACCUAAAGCUUGGAGAAGUUUCCACCGUAGUAGUUUCAUCAGCAGAGUUUGCCAAAGAGGUGAUGAAAACCCAUGAUCUUAUCUUUGCAUCAAGGCCCACUAUUCUUGCUGCAAAGAUCUUGUCUUACGGCUCUACAGACAUUGGCUAUGCACCAUAUGGUGAAUACUGGAGACAACUACGAAAAAUUUGCACGCUAGAGCUUUUAAGCACAAAACGUGUUCAAUCUUUCCGACCUAUUAGAGAAGAAGAGGUAGUGAAUCUCAUUCAAUGGAUUGCCUCAAGAGCAGGAUCACCUAUCAAUAUUACUCAGGAAAUUUACUCAUCGACAUAUACCAUCACUUCGCGAACAGCCUUUGGUAAAAAGACCAGGGAUCAAGAAAAAUUCAUAUACAUUGUGAAGGAAUUUGUAAAGGCAGCAUCUGGCUUCGCUCUUGCAGAUAUUUUUCCUUCUGUCAGUUUGCUUCAUCUCUUAAGUGGAAUGAGGCUUAAACUUGAGAGGCUGCAUAAAGAAGCUGACAGGAUAUUGGGAAACAUCAUCAAAGAACAUCAAAGGGAUAUGGUCACUACAAAAAGUGGCGAGGGUGAAGCAGAGGAAGACCUGGUAGAUGUUCUCCUUAAAUUUCAUGAUCAUGGAAAUGAGCUUGAGUUUUCCCUAACUACUGAGAACAUCAAGGCAGUUAUCUUUGUAAGUACACAUACUUUCCCUUGA